AUGGAAUUCAGUAGCAAACUUGGUGAAGGGGGCCUUGAAUUGGUCUCAGUAAUAUGCUAUAGGCUUUGGCUUAGAAGAAAUGAUUUGAUAUUUAGAAAUCUUUUCUGUGGACCAAAACACUUCAUUAAAGCUGCUUGUACUGACAUUAUAGAUUUUUCAAUGGCUAUUGUGGAGCCUAGGGAGGGGCGGGAUACAGGUCUAUCUCCAGUCGAAGAAAGGGAAGGCCGAGACACAGAUUGCUUAUGGAAACCUCCAUCUGGAGCAAGGCUAAAGGUCAAUUUUGAUGCCAGCUUCCUUAAACCAGUACAGAAGGUGGGGCUGGGCAUUGUUAUACGAGACUCAAAGGGGGACCCAAUGGUGAUGGUAGCUGGCCAAAGAGAUUCAGUAAACUCAGCAUAUCUAGCCGAAGGGGAUGCCUUAUCAAGAGCCUUCUCUUUAUGUGCAGACCUUGGAGUAGAUGAGGCAGAUUUUGAAGGGGAUGCAAAGAUGGUCAUUGAUGCAAUAUUAGACCCUACACCUGAUUCAUCGUGGAGUGGGCAACUUGUUGAAGACCUUAAGAAAGGACUGUCGUCAAAGACUAAUUGGAAACUAACUCAUGUUAGAAGGGAUGGGAAUCGGGUAACUCAUGUAUUAGCAAAGCUAGCUUUGCCUUUAGAUUGUGAAUUCGUUUGGAUGGAGGAUGGACUCUAUGUGGCCAUGCCUUACAUUGCUUCGGACAAACCCGACUGCAUGCCAACUGCAUUUACCGACUGCGUCUAG